AUGCUUGCCAAGACCGAAUCCGGCGAGCAACUCAUCGGCGACAUUGAGCUUGUAAUGAACACCUUGAGGAGGCACCAAAUGUACCUCAACCCGACAAAAUGUGCCUUCGGAAUGGAAGUAGGAAAGUUCCUCGGCUUCAUGAUCAUGCAACGUGGGGUAGAGGCAAAUCCCGAAAUGUGUAGAGCGGUCCUCGAAAUGGCAAAUCUGAAAAACCUCAAGGACAUCCAGAAACUUACCGGCCGACUAACCGCAUUAUCCCGUUUUCUCGGCGCGUCGGCCCAAAAGGCAAUCCCUUUCUUCAAACUUAUGAAGAAAGGAACCCCCUUCAAGUGGGAAGCAGAAUGUGAGGAGGCAUUCCAACAUUUCAAGAAAGUCCUAGCGGAACCCCUGGUCCUCGCUAAACCCCAAACAGGAGAGAUCAUUUACCUAUACCUAUCUAUAACAGAAGAAGUACUCGCAGCAGUGCUUAUCCGAGAAGACGAGAACAAGGCCCACUAA